CAUAUAAAUAACUUUGUGUGUAAUGAUUUAAAACUAAUGCCAUUUUGAAUACACAUAGUGAAAUUCAGUAAAAUAACUCUCUUCUACAAUUCUCUCUUUUCUUCAUCAUUUCCAAAACACCACAAUUUUCACCAUUGAUUCAUCUUCCACUCUUGAUUGUGUUCCAACAUUUGGCAUCAAGAGCCUAGUUCAAGAUCCAAUUCCGCUGCAAUCAUGUCCGUUUCCAAUGACAAAAUUCCUACCAACCUUCCGAUUCUUGAUUAGAAGAAUUAUGACAAAUGGCACAAACAAAUGAAAGUUUUGUUUGGAUAUCAAGAUGUUCUUGAUAUGAUUACCGAUGGCAUUACUCCUCUUGGUAAAGAGGCUACAGCAGAUCAAGAAGCGAAAUUCAAGGAAGAUAAGAAGAAAGAUUACAAGGCCCUUUUCUUGAUCCAUUCUUGCGUCGAUAGUGACAAUUUCGAAAAAGUUGGCGAUUGCGACUCGGCGAAGAUAGCUUGGGGUAUUUUUGAGAAAGCUUAUGCUAGAGCGGGUAAGGCGAAGGUGGUGAGGUUACAAACUCAUAAGCGGCAGUUUGAGUUACUUCAAAUGGAAGACAAGGAAACGAUUAACGAUUACGUGACACGUGUGACACGCUUGGGGAAUCAAAUGAAGUCGUGUGGUGAAGCCGUUUCCGAACAGAAUUUUGUGUCAAAGGUAUUGCGUUCUUUAACACCAAGAUUCGAUAAUAUUGUGGUGGCGAUUGAGGAGUCGAAGGAUCUCAAGACGAUGACGAAGGAUGAACUUCAAAGUUCAUUGGAAGCCCAUGAACAAAGGCUGGAUGAAAGAGGAAACGAUAAAGCCAAAGCGGAAGUUGCUUUGCAAGCCCGUUUCAACGAGAAGAAUAAGAGAUCGAAAGGGAAAUGGCCUUCUAGAGGAAAGAAGAAUUUCCAGAAUUUUGAUGGAAAAGAGUCACAAAAUUCAAGGAAAGGUGAGGGCAGUUCCAAAGGUGGUGGUCAAGACAACUAUAGGCCGUUCGACAAAAGUACCAAGAAGUGUUACAAUUGUCAAAAGCUUGGGCAUUUCGCAAGAGAGCGUAGAACGAAACCAAAGGAGAAUCAUGCAGAUGGGGCUAAGGUUGCUAGGCAAGACGUGGAUUAUGAAAACACG